AUGAAUGGAAAUGUGAACAUGCAGUUUACCCAGUUCGAUUCAUUCGCCGCCGCCGCCCUCAAAAAGAAUCUAACCAAGGUCAACAUCGCACACGAAUAUGGCCUGAGUGCUCGGGACUUGCGCAUCAUAGACCUUCCGUCAAAUGGAUUUCCGCAUAUUCUCAUCAGAGAAAAUACACUGCUCAUUCACAUGUUUGACCUGCGGCUCUUGGUGCAAGCGGACAAGGUGGUGCUCUUUGAGGUCAACGGCAUUGAAGACAACAUCACCUGUCGCGUGUUUACUCACGAUCUCGAGACCAAGCUACACAAAGCGCAUGCUUUAGAUAAAAAAGUAAACGAUUCAUUUGAGCUGCGCGCCCUGGACAUUGCCCUCGCAUCUGUGGCAGCCACGCUAGAAGCGGAAUACCUACUCGUAAAGCAGGAUGUUUCCAAGGCGUUAAAGAGUCUGGAUCAACAAAUGUCGGAUAAAGAAGGCGCGCUUGUCUAUUCGGCACUUCGUGGACUCUUGGACAUCUCUCGGAAACUCGCACGCAUCGAACAACGGGCUCGCUUGGUACGCAAUGCCAUCCAAGAGGUCCUCAAUGAUGACGCGGACAUGGCGCAGAUGUAUCUCACUGACAAGCUGCGAGGGAAGCGACACUUGGUCCACGAGCACCAGGAAGUGGAAUACUUGCUGGAGGCGUACUUCAAGGCGAAUGAUGCCAUUGCGCAGGAAGCAGCCAGCUUGGUGGAGAAUAUUCAGCGGACAGAGGAAACCAUCAAGUCGAUUCUGGACGUUCGACGAAACCAAAUCAUGAUGUUGGAGGCCAAGGUCGAAAUUGCCAUGCUGAGCUUAGCAUCAGCAACGCUCGUGGCAGGCUGGUACGGCAUGAAUGUCAUCAGUUACUUUGAGCACAGUCCCUGGGCGUUUGGGGUCCUUGUUUCGGGUUCUUUGGUGGGCAGCGCGCUGAUCUGGAGGUUUGUCAUUCGUCGCUUGAGGCUUAUUCAAAGGCGUACGACUAGAAAGGAAUAA